AUGAAAUAUGAGUUUGGUGUUGCUAUGUCGAUCAACGACAAAUUCAUGGUCGCCGCUGGUAAAAGACCCAAAACCCAAACCCAAAACCCACAUAACCAUAAGUCCCUCAAAAACCAUAAACCCCACUCGAAAUCCUCAUUACCAAUAUCAAAUCCAACGCAUCAUGAAGAAACCCCACCACCACCACCAGAAGAAGAAUCUGUCAAAGAAGUCCUCUCUGAAACACCCAUUUCCAAACCUCACCAAGUUCCAAUUUUGCCCCUAGAAACAAAGACCCAAAUGCCCUUAGUUAAAAACCCCGAUGAGAAAUUAGAAACUAAGGUUCCUAUAGAGGAAGUAACAGAGGUUCUGUCUGUAUCUCAGGCUUCAGAAACAUGCACCGUGACGGAGAGUUUCUCAGCUGCCACUACCGCCACCGUGCCGGAGAAGAGAGAAGAUGAAGUAACGAGCAAACAGUGCAACAGAGAAGCAACGACGACACACAAGUGGAAUCGAUCCCCGUCCAGGAAGCGUCCUCUUGUUGCAGAUGGAAACGUAACCGGCGGGAACGAACGAAGGGUAAAAUCUCCGGCGAGGAGGUCGGAGCCGUCGCCGGAGAAGAAAAUCAAAAGCGGUUCGAGGACAGUUCGUGGAAGAGAAUCAGGUGUUGUGGCGAAUCGGAAGAUGAAUGGAGGUAACGUCGGAGUCCGCCGUGACUCCGGCGAGGGUUCCGGUCGAAGGUCGAGGUCGCCGUCGUGUUCCCGGUCGGGUAAAGUGGGUAUUGGCGGUGGUCGGAAACAAGUUCCAGCGGUGGAAAAUGGAAUAGAGAAGGAGAAGGAGAAGAAGAGUGAGAGUGAAGAGGUUGGAAAGAAAAACGACAUCGUUUCGCAUGGAGAGUCAAUUGAGAAUCCUCAUGUUUCGAUGGAGUGUUUUAUUUUUCUGUAG